AUGGCAUCGAAAAGAAAAGCCAAUAAUUGUGACAUUCCGGCUGAAAAGCCAAAGCGGAGAUUCGAAUUCGAACAGACUGCAGAGGAACAGAUUUCUCUGAGCGAUGGAGGUAACACAUCCGUGCCCUGCAACUGCAAGUGUGGCUGCAUCGUUUAUCAGGCACGCCUUGAAGCUGUGAUCCGACAAACGGUCCGAGAGGAGGUUGCGGCAGCACAACACCAAUCUCCAAGGCCUGAACUAUUGACGCCUAAUAGUAAUCUGAGUGGUGAGGUAUCCGAAGCCAGACAAAACUUUCAGCUGGAAUUCAGCAGAAAACUAAGACAAGAAUAUUAUACACAAACUAAGAUAUUGGCUGAGGACAACGCACCUCCUCAAAUUGUUCUCCUCAACGUUGGAUCUCGUUCCAUAGUAACGGAGGGUCCCAUGUCUUCAACAGAGAUAGAGAUCUGUGUGGUGCCAGGGGAUUUCGGAAGUGGUGACCAUCAAAACUGGAGCAGGGAGGAAUUCAACGACAACAUCAUCGUACGACCGAGAGAAGGAAGGGAGGCGCUACUUAAGGGAAAAGAUACUAGAGUCACCCUAAAAGAUGGAGCUGCUUUUAUUCCUAAGAUUGAGUUUACUGAUAUCUCACGCUGGGUCAGAACCGGAACCUUCAGAUUAGCAGCCAGAUCCAAAGAAGCAGACGUUAAGGAAGCUAUAAGCCAACCUUUCGUCGUCAAAGAUAAAAGAGGAGCGUCGAUUAUGAAACACGCCAUACCAUCCUUGAAGAGUGAGAUUUGGCGCUUGAAAAAAAUAGGGAGAGGCGGAGAACUUCACAAACGAUUGUUACAGAAUGGAAUAGAAACAGUUAAGGAUUUUAUGCGACUUCACACGAUCAACCCGUCUUCGUUAAAAGAGAAAUUCGGCAACAUUCCGAGCGGCAGAUGGGAGGCCAUAAUGGAACAUGCUACAGCUUGUGUUAUUGACGAUAACGUGCAUUACGGCUAUCACACAGCAGAAAGACAACUAGACUUCGUCUUUAAUUCCAUCUAUGAGGUCGUAAGGGUGAGCUUCGAUAAUGGUCAGACUUAUCGUUCACCGGAAACCUUCACCUCGGUGGAGAAGCGUUUGGUGGAGGUGGCCAAGAAGGAAGCAUAUGAAAAUGAGAAAGAUUUUGUGGCACUGCCAGUGAAUCUGGAGGAGCUAGGAACUGUACAAACUGGGGAGUCCAGUAAUGGCAUGCCACCAGAUGGAGGGGCUCCCCAGCAAGUUGACCUCCCAGCCACCCAACAAGGGCAAGAAUAUGAGUGGGAUCUGCUCUACUCUCCAUAUUCAUCUCUAGAUCAUUUUCUUUCCAACCCCUUGGUGUUGGAAGCAGGCUCUAGCAGUCCUCUCCAUUGUCUCCUUCAUUCUGAUGCGCCUCCUUCCACCCACGACGGACGCAGAAGCAGAUGGAGUAAGAUUCGGGCUGCUGCGUUAUGGCUCAUGUCUCCCGCACGCACAUCUCUUUCCCGCCAGCGCCAUCCCUUCUAAUAAUUGGAUCUAAUUUGCUGCCGGGUUGUUUUUUAAUUUUGAUUAAUUAAAUUAAACUAGCUUGGUUCGAGUCUGUAACAUAUCUGGGCUGUAAUGACAAUGGGCCUUCCCCGUAUUAAAAAGACCUCGGUUGUGAUCUUCUUCUCGUUGUCUUUGAAGUCCGAAUCCGAUUUAUACUA